ACCAGAAGUAUCAAUCAAAACCACGUGGUCCCUCGGCGCCAAGCAGGAAUGUCACAAAAACAGAGACCUGGCGGGCUGGGCGACUCUUUCUCUCAAGUUUAAUCAAAUGUACUCAAUGACAUUAACUGUCCAACAGGUGGCUCAUUCCGACAAGUAUUCGGUGAAUAUUAACGAGUAACCAAGAGAAUUUGAGCAGCUACAGUACAGUGAGACAUGGAGAAUUCCCCAGACAGCAUGUCGACCUGGCCACACCACAGGCUGCCAGAGUUCUCCUCCCUCCUGCGACCAGAGUCACGGGCCAUGGCCAAACCAAGCCCUGCCAACAGGACACCCAAGGAUUCCUUGAGUCCAGGAGAAAACACUCAAAGCAAGGAAGCAGUGUGCACUCCCUCCAUGCUCCCAGUAGGAGGCGCUGUGACCAUGCGGCAGCUGUACAUGGGCGAGUCCAGGUCCAGCACCAGUUCCAGCCUCUCCGACUCCCUGUCUGACUUCUGCACCAGCAGCCCUGAUGCUAGGGACAGGAUGAAGGGGAGAGAGACAGAAAGAGAAGCUCUGAGUAGAAAAGAAGAUCACGAAAAUGAUGAUGGUACUGAGAGAGCAACACUGUGUCAGCCAAGUGAUGAGUGUAGUUCUGGAAGUACAGAGCAAGUGGGAUCAGAACGGCAGCCUAAAGAUGAUAGUGAUACUUCAAUGCACAAAGGAUUGGGUCAUCCUCAAAGCAGUACAGCAGAUAGUGCAACUGAUUCUGAGGAGACUGAGAGUGAGAGUGAGUUUGCUGAAGGGAUCGAAGCAGACGUGGAUGGUAAAACCGUCGGCUCACACAGUCAGGAUCAAUUCAACCUGCACAUGACUCCAGAAAGUGUGGAAUCUAACACACCUGAAAGUCCUUUGGUGAAAGAUGCAGUAGGUAUGGAGGAUUCUUCCAGUGAUGUCACCGUAUCCGGCGAUAAGGCCUACUCUGCGACGUUCUCAGUUCUCUGUGCCAACAGCAGUCUGCAAGAUUUCACCCAGGCGGACUUCAUGGAUAGGGUGAGGGCUCGAGUGAGAGUCGGCUCCCCGGACUGGUCCCUAGGCCUUGGUGCUGGUGACGUGAGGUACUGUACCACCCCCAGUUCUGAAGUCCUUCCCAGUGUGGAACAUGUCGACAAUCCACCAGAGACUCACAGCACUCUGCAUACUCCUCCGCUGACGGUCAACAGGAGUCCGAACGUUGUCGAUAUGGCGACAGAGCAAAACAAGAAACUCCACGAGGCCAGCGUGAUUCCUUCUCUACCCACGACAAGUCCAGCGUUGGCCACCCAGACUGACAGUUGUUCUCAGAACACUUUGAUUGGUGGAACUGUAGCAGGAGGAAAGAUCCCAGAUGCUACUACGUGGUAUAGGAGACUGCCUCAGCCGCCACAGCCUGUAGAACCUGUGAUACCAGACUCAAACAGGACGACCAUUCCUGACAGCAUGAGUUACCCAUGUCCUGAGAUAGAUGCAGACAUGAUACAGGAUGGUGCAGCCUUGAUGUGGAACCAGUCUCCUGAACUCACAAGGGAAGGAGUACCUCUCCUCGAGUCUUCACAGCAAGAAGCCAGAACAAGCCUGAACAAGCACGGCUCGGCGUGGAAGUUCACCUACACCCAUCCCUGGGACUUCUCUCCCAGGAAAAGUGAUGAGACGCUCACCGAGUACCAAGCAAAGCCGUCGUCAGCUCCUGUGCAUAGUAGCGUGUGCAGUGAUCUUGCUACUGAGGAGCACCUAGUGAGAAUGACUGGCCAGGUGCCUGCGAAGACCAAUGCUGACGUCACCCAGCAGACAUGGUCAGCCUGUCCCAUGUACACCCCGCUUCCAAGUACCAUGUCCCCUGCUGUUAGUAUAUCCCAGCCAGCACACAAUGAUCUCAACCUGCUCACACAGACAGCUCAGGAACAGGCGGAAACGCUGUCGUCCAUCCUACCAGGGCAGCAGUUUCUCGUGUACCUGGUGCCGGGACCUCCGGACACAUCCGGCACACCAGGUCCCCCCACCCUCCUGUACGUUCCCCACACCCCGGGGAUAGCUCCUCCGGUCAUCCGCAAGGACAUCAUGCAGCACGGGCAGAUCCACGGCAACAAGGGCAACAACAACAACAACAAGUCUGGGUAUGUCUUCAUCCCAGUCAGGCCCGAUCCUGUCUCUUCCGCACAGUUCCAAACCGGCUAUAUCGGACAGCCCGUUCCACCAUACGCAAACCCGCCCCAGUCAGGACACAGCUUCCCACAGGUGCAGAGAACGUUCCCAGAUCCGACCCCACAGCAGCUGUACAACACAGGGGAGCCUCCAGUAUCCACACCCGUGCUACAGGGUGGUACAACAGGACAGUGGAGUCACAGCUGUCCAGUCUACAACACCAUCCCCACCAGCUCUACCUACAGCUCCCACAUGACCACUGCUCCAAUGAGAGGCAACUCGGUUGGCCUGUUGAAGAAAACGAGAGGUCAGCCAGCAAGCUCUUCCGCAACUCAGUACGACACGCAAGCAAAAAACGUCGCAGCAGCCAACAACACCAACCCUGUCUCCAUCCGCUACAACAUGAUCGGCUGCUUCACAGAUGCUGGAGUUGUCACCCAAAACAUUUUGACCCAAUCCUCCAGUGGAUUGCUCAUGUCUCACUGCAGCUCUGUGAUGUCUGCACCUGGAAAUAGCUUGCCUUCUCCUGUAGAAUUGACAGCCAUACCAGAUGAAAGAGAGAGGACACAACAGGUGAACUGGAGACAGAUGUACCCUGGCUACCUGCAGCAGCAGACUCACACCAAGUCCACCUCCCUCCUUCGACAGCACCUACAGUCCAAACAAGCUGCACUGGGGAAACCUCAAGCUUCGGCAAGCAUUUCAUCAUUCUCAGGGCUAGAGAGUUUGGACUACAGCCUUUCAGUUAACAACAGCAGUACUGUCACUGGAAGCCGUGUCUCAGCUGUACCAGUGGAGGACAGCUCGAUGCUGUCACAGUCAGGGAUAACGUUGGUGAUGGAAACAGGUACAGGUGCUGUCAGUCAAGUUAACCUUGCUGUCCAAGCUGUGGAAAGAGCACCUACAUGUACAACGACACUGGAUACAGUGAAGAUUGCAGAGCCGACAGGUGUGAGAAGUGAGGUGCCAGAGUCCACGACAGGACAGAUCUCAACAACUUCUCAGCCGAAGGUUGACCCCAGGAUGCACCCACCAAGGCACUACGAGUUCAAGGUCAUCCAGGUCGGGACAUGGAAGAUAGAGCAUAAGGACAGUGAUGUGGGACAGACUGCCAAAAUCAAGCUGCUCUUUGCAUCAAGGAAACUUGUGUACGAGUUCCAGUUGAAUUCUGCCCUGAAAGCCCAUGAUAUGGGGAUGAGGCAGCUGGCAAGUGUGGAGAUCCCAUUCAACACCAUAGUUGCCAUCAAUGCUAAGGUCGACAAGAUAACUCUGGAGGUGUGUGAGGUUCCCAUGAUGUACUUCGGUACCCGGGUGUGUCCGCGGGAGGGCGGGGCUGUGUGCGGGAGGGCAGCACGGUACAGGAGAGACCAGCCAGCCGACAUCACAGGGGGACAGCUCCAAACUGUACCCUACCACAAAAUAAAGCUCCGCUCUGCGACUGCAGUGAAGAAGGUACAGGAUUGCCUGGAGAGAUUCGACCCCCGUUUUGUCACCAUGAUGAGAACUCCCCUUACUGUGGACCCCAACAAGCGCCUGAUCAUGACUGUGAAGAAGACCAGACCUGUCCCUGUAGUCACACAGCCACCCAGCUGUCCUCUGAGACCCAGGGGAGAGGCGGACGAAGGAGAGAGAGUGGAACCUCCUCCCAAGCGCCCCCACGUGUCAGACAGCUGCAGCUGUAGUUCGGGCUGCUCGUCGCGCCGGUGCGGGUGCUGGAGCUGCAUGCGGCCGUGCGAGCCCAGCUGUCAGUGCACCAACUGUAACAACCCCCUCAUGGUCCUCAGGCAGUUUGGGGUGGAUGUGGACAAGGCACUGGAGGACGACUGUCUGGUGCUCAACUUUGCUAAGGUGCCUAACCUGCGUCAGCACCUGCAGACCCUGUACCACCUGCCGUGCUGCGGAGCCAUGGUACAGCUGCUGGCCAUGAUCCCUGGCUGUCGCUCCUGCCCAAAGUGUAAAAACAAGGCCGUGUACUCCUACUCCUGGUGCAACUUUCUUCUGUGUGACCAAAACAAGAGGCCAAGGAAUCACUGCACCAAAUGUCGCAAGUGUAAGGACUUCAGGGAUGUGCACUGCCAGAAAUGUAACACCUGCUACUUCGCGGGAGCCCUGGGAGAACAGCGCUGCCCAUGUUCGUUGCGACAGAGGACCAGCCAACAAACCGCCAGCACAGAGUCACUCUCUAGCUUCUUCCAGUUCUUUGCUGGAACCCACCAACAGCCAUCAGGACAGGGGACCGGUCUUGGCCUGAACCAACUGGUACCAUCCAGCUCAAACCAGCACGGACCAAUUUCUGGUUCAGAAGUGUGA